CAUCUACCACAAUUUAAACACAGAGAGACUAAAUUUUUUAUUUAAUAUUACUUAAUAUUGCACAGAAAUAAAAAUACUAACACUAUAUAACCAUUACUCAAAUGACAAUGAUUUUCUUGGGUUGACAGUUACAUUUUCUAAACAAGGUCUUACAAGCACACAUAAUGUAAAAAUGUCUUCAGUUAACACACAUCAUCACCUCUUCACUGGCAAAACAUGUUAGGUUGGGCCAGCAGUAAACACAUUAUUUCGAUGGUAAGAGUUUCAGAUCUUUCCACAGUCAUCUUUUCUUUGUAAUGUGACAUCUUGAAUACAAAUGCACAGUGAUGAGCAGUUCUGAUGGAUGUGAGUUAAUACAGGUAUGAACAAUGUGCUGUUCAAAAAACCACACUCAAAUCUUAAGUUAGUAAAAUGGUAAAUGUACUUUAUCACCUUUUAAGUAAAGUGUGUUGCAUGAUUUGAUUUUUAUCAUAUAUGAGGUUACAUAAUAUAUAGCAGGAAAGGAACCCUGGAUUCUUGACCAAACUCUCUAACUCAAUAUUCAAGGCAUUCAGACAAACCAUACUCUGUCUGGAGCUUGUUUGGCAUAUUUGUAUAAAAGGAAAAAUGUGAUUUUGGAGGAAAGGGCCAAGGUUUGGCUUAAUGAUCCCCCAAAUUCCUUCUAGCAAAAUUUAAUUAGGUUGAGUGAAGGGCAUUUAGAUUUAAAAUGGAGAAUUGUGUAAAAUGAAUCAUAGUCAUAUUUCACUUAAAAAAAACUUUUUUUGAGACAGGGUCGCACUGUGCACCAUUGGCUGGCCUGGAACUUGCUCUGUAGACCAGGCUGGCCUCAAACUCAGGGAUCCACUUGCCUCUGCCUCCUGAGUGCUGAGACUAAGGGCAUGUGACGCCACACCAAGUUUAUGUUUCCCCCCCCUUUUUUUUUUUUUUUUUUUUUUUUUGGUUUUUCGAGACAGGGUUUAUGUUUCCCUUUUGAACCAAUCAUUUUAAUAGUGUCUUCCAUCUCCAAAGGAACAACACUCUCCCUGAAUCUAUUGUACUUGUAAUGGCAGGAAUUUCUGUUGGAACAUUUUUUUAGAGUUAAAGGAGUACAACUCCAGCCCCUACCUACACUCUAUAAUUUGGCACUUUAAGUUAUAACUCAAUUCUAUCUUUGGCAGCAGAAUCACUUUCUAAAAGAUUUGUCUUUAUUUUAGAUGUCUGAGUGUUUUUGCCUGCAUGUAUGUCUUUGUACAACUUGUGUGCUUGCACAGAGGCCAGAAGAGGUUGUUGGAUUCUUUGGAACUGGACUUACAAAUGGAUGUGAGCCACCAUGUGGGUUCUGGGAACUGGACCCAGGACAACAGCAAGGGCAGCAAGUGCUCUUAAGUGCUGAGCUAUCUCUUCAGCCCCACAGAAUUUUUUUACUAAUAUUUUAUGAAAUUAAAUAAUUGCAUGUAAUCAGAGACCUUAUAAGAACUGAUGGCUGGCCAAGCAGGAAACGACAGCGUUUUAUCCUUCCUAGGACUUUUUUCUUCUAUGAAAUACAACCCUGAAAGACUCAUCUAGAACAGACUGCUGGGGGAGGAGGGCGGGGCUGCUUUUGAAAGCCUGGAAAAGGAACUGUAGCUGAAAGCAAAACGAAACAGAAACCUCCAAAUUGGCAAGAAAGAGCACUUAAUGAGUUCGUAAAACCAGAGCAGGAUGCAGGCGAUGGACAGGGGUCUCUGCCAUCAUUUCUGCGUUGGGUGUUUCUUAUAAAAAUAACAUUGUGUGUAGGGGCCCUAGAAACCACAGCUCUCCUGAGUUUUGCGACUCUACUGUCCAUUAUCUUGUCAUGGCAUUGAGGAUGCAGCAGGCAUCCUCAGGCAUAGGGCACGCCAUCCUGCUCAGUGUUUGAGGGGACCCUCUGGCCCCCCACGGUCAGAUGCUAGAUGUUACAUCACAGCCUGGAAAAUCAGAGAAAACUAGAAGGAUUUUUUUUUUUGAGGCGUUGCCACUCAAAAAUAGACAACUCAAGUUAGUUACAACUUCUUUCUCCGUGUUGCAAAGAGAUAGGAUCCACAAGAAUACCAAAGAGAUCUCCUCUGGGGUCAGAAGGUGGGGGGUGGGGGAGGGUGGGAGCAAAUUCUGUGGAAUGUGAAACAAGGCAGCUUGGGAGACUCCGCCUGCCUUAGGAAAGGCACAGGCCCCUGAAUCUCACAUGGGUGAGUGCAGGUGAGGGGGCAUGAGAAUCUGGCCCAGAGACUGGGGUUCCCUCUUAGCUCUGGCUAGAGUCUUCUCUGAGCUGAGGCCUCCUCUUAGGUGUCAGUGCACAAAAUCGCCACUUAAUCCCCUUUGCUCCCGACUAAUUAGGACACAUUCAAAGCCGAAAGUGGAGUUUGGGGCUUCUUUCUCAGGCAUAGGGGCACCAAGAGCUCUCUGGUCCUGCUCAGCCAGACACACCUCCCAAGGCAUCACCAGGCUGAGAGUCCCUAGGGACUCUCAGGUCCUUUGUGAGCUCCCCCACGUCAUCCUGCUCAGUGUUCCAGGGGACCCUCUGCCCCCCCCCCCCCCCCCCCCCGCGGUCACUGAAGGCCAGUCGGGUCACAGAAGUCAGUGCCCUGGCUCAGGAAGCUUCCUGCCGGGCCCCUGGGCAAUAUGCAGCCAGCAGCUGGGGCGCAGGGCGGGUCGGGUCGCCGCGCGCCAGUGAGCCAAGGCGAGCACUAUUCCUGUCACUGUGAGCUACCGGCAUGUUAUGUGCAGCGCGCCCAAUCACGCUUCCAACCUUCUACGCUGACCUGCGCUCCCCCCAAUGCCACGGGCUUUGAUUUGAUCCUCUUCUCAGAACAAGCUCACACCCAGCCCCCUAGCCAGUUGUCUUCGGACUGCGCGGGUGUCCACAGAACAGGUCCUUCUGCUCCAUGGCCGGGAAUUCAGAACCACCAUCCUGCACCCCUGGAGCACCCACAAUAGGGCCACAUCCACUCAUCUGUCCUGUUGGAGAUCCAGCACCCUCGCUGGUGCACUGUCAGACCGACCUCUUCGGGUGAUGGUGCAGGCCACCGCCUCCCGUGGCGUGCAAGUGUGGGCUCCCCAAAUUGUGGAGGGGAAGAGGCUUUGGGCAACGCGCUGCCAUGCUCAGCUGCAGCUGAAGCCAAGCCUGGUAAUACCGAGAAGACUCGGAAAUCCACACCUUCUGCUAUUAGAGACUUCCGGAUAUUGUCUCUAGAGCAUUUGUUGUCUGAGACAGGCACCGAACAACUGCCAGAUCUGGAUGAAGGAAUCCUAGGUUUUAAGCUGAGCAGGCAAAAAUCGGCCUUUGCUGGGGGCUCUGCAGCUGGACAGCGGAGGUGGGAAUCGGUGCCACGGGAUGCCUCCAGCCCCGCCUAGCUGGCUCCAUUUCAGCUUCCCGCCUUGGGCAUCAUGAGUUACUUCCUGUCUUACUGCAAAGCUCACGGCAGCUCUCUUCUCACAGGCUACCAGGCCCUACGUGCUGAGGGCUUCUUGUGCGACGUGACACUGGAGGCCGAGGGCAGUGAGUUUCCAGCACACAGGUCACUUCUGGCAUGCUCCAGCGACUACUUCAGGGCCCUGUUCAAGAGUCACACUCAGGAAUCACGGGCUCAUGUAAUUCACCUGCAUGUGCCUUCUGCUACUGGCCUGCAGCGCCUGCUGGACUUCAUCUACACCGCCUGGCUGCCCCUCUCCAUGGACACUGUGGAGGACACCCUGGAGGCAGCCAGCUACUUGCAAGUCACGGAGGCCUUGGGGCUGUGUAGCCACUACCUGGAGCGUCAGCUUGCCCCAGAGAAUUGCUGCUUCACUGCCAAUGUGGCUGCUCGCUUUGGCCUGGCUCGCACCCUGGGUGCAGCGGAGCGCUGCAUCGUGCGCCACCUGCGGGAGCUGCUACUGAUGGGCGCUGGCCCUUCGGGGCUGUUGGAACUCAACCCUGUAUCAAUGAAGGUUGUGUUGAGUGCCCCUGACAUGGCACAGGUGGUUGAGACGCGGCUGCUGGGCCUGGCACUAGCCUGGCUAAGGCAGGAGCCCGCAACACAGCGCCUGGCUCACAGUUCAACACUGCUUGGAUGUAUCCGCUUUGGCUUGGUGCCCACAGCUGUACUGAGGCGUGUGUACUCAGGAUCGGGACUUACUUUACCUACCAGGAUCAAGGACCUCAUCAUUCAGGCCCUCAAUUACCACACAACACCUUCCCGCCAGCCGCUCCUGCAGGUAGAACAGACUAGUGUUCGGAGUCCCCAGACCCGCAUCUUGCUGGUUGGUGGUCUCAGAGCUAGAGAGACUGUUACUGAGGAAAUUGUGGUCCUACCAGAGGUAGUUAGGAAUCAGCGCCCUGCACCUGAACUGGAGGAAGAGGAGGAAGAGAUGGAGGAGAAAGAGUGGGAGCUCACCCAGGAUGUGGUGUCCUUCGACGUGUACAACCACAGCUGGCGCAGCCUGACACGGCUGCCCACACCACUGCUAGGCCACAGUGUGUGUACCAUGGGCAACUUCCUAUUUGUCCUCGGAGGGGAGAGCCUUUCUGGCAGUCCAUCUAGCUCCCUGGCAGACGGCCCAAGGUCGGUCACGGCCUUAGUGCACCGUUAUGACCCGCGCUUCCACACUUGGACAGAGGUGCCCGCCAUGCGAGAAGCGCGGGCCUACUUCUGGUGUGGAGUGGUAGGCGACAGUCUCCUGGCCGUUGGGGGCCUGGGCUCCUGUGGCGAGGCACUGGCCUCGGUGGAGAUGUACGACCUGCGCAGGGACCGCUGGAUGGCAGCUGGGGAGCUGCCUCGGGCACUGCACGGUCACGCGGGUGCCGUUGGGGACCACGGUGUUGUGUACAUCUCCGGGGGCAAGGCAGGGAGAGGAGAAGGAGGUACAAGCAGCCUCCGGGAUAUGUAUUCCCUCAGCCCCGGAGAGAGGGCAUGGAGUAAGAGGGCACCCAUGGGCACAGCUCGCUAUGGGCAUUACCUUGCGGUGCUGCGAGGUGCAGUGUUUGCCUUUUUAGGAAGAUAUGAGCCCUUCUCCGAGAUCGAACGCUACGACCCCAGCACAGACCAGUGGACUCGGUUGCGGUCACUACCUUACGACCGAUUCUGCUAUGGACUUGCUGUGGUAGAAGAGACAGUGCUGCUGCUGGGUGGUCUCAAGUGGCGGGAUUCACGGCAGGUGCCAACCUGUAACGUAGUGGGCUAUGACCUUGACCUGGACCGUUGGGAGGACAUAGGCUGUGUGCUGCCCUGGGCGUGGAGUGGCCUUCGGUGCGCAGUGCUGCAGCUGGCAGAGGGUGGGGAGGAGAAAAGGGAGGGAGAGCCUGGGGAGGGACUAGAUUUAGUGUUGAGUUGAACAGGUGAGUCCAGUCUUCAGGGGAGCCAAGAGAAAGUUGUUCUUGACUUUGCCUGCAGAGCUAAGCCUCACCCCCACCAAGAUUGGGACUCCGAUAGACAAGUUCUGAAGGGUAAGGAGGCAAACAUGACUUUGGCCAAAGAAUAACUAUUCCCCUUUAACCGAAUGGCAGUUAGGAAAGGUCAGACGCAGUGAUAUGGAACAGCUUUAGUCAAUUACAGCGUUUUCAGAGACUCACCCUUGGCUAGAGGUGGAAUUUGGAAGUAAAAUAGGACCUUAUUGCCCUCCCGAAAGUGUUUUCCAGGUGCCGGGGAUUACUUUCAUGACUUCCCUCUAAAAAAGUACGAUUAGUUACACACAAAUCACAGAAAAUUGUUGGCUAUAACAGCUGUAAUAGUCCCACAAGACAGUAUUACCUGAUGAAGUUGUGAGUGUGUGUGUGUGUGUGUGUGUGUGUGUGUGUGUGUGUGUGCAUGCGCGCACGCGUGUGCAUGAGAGCCUUGCUUAAAUGGCGUGGAACAGUUGUACGGAGGAGAAUGAUUUUUAUGGUGCAGGGCCACGGUUAUAGAUCUGUUCUAACAGUUUCAUAUCGAUACGGAACUGAGAAGGAAAAAAAUCUUGGAAAAAGCAUUUCUGUGAGAAACUAUUCUUAGUUAAUUUUGAAUUUUUUCUUCUGUUCUUUCCCCAUCUGCUUUCACACUGGCUAGAGGCAGCUUUAUAGUUUAGACAUACUUCAGCAACCCUUAACCACAAAAUGCUACAUUUGUCAAAAGAAAAUGAGCUUCUUUUUGGUUUGCUCCCUCCAUCCCCCAAAGGCUCACAGAAAAGGAAUGAGUAGGUGAAGUCUACAUGGUCAUGUCAGGCCAGUGGGAAGACAGCUUAGCUUGAGUUUUCAAGGUCUCACAGGAGACCUUGGUAAGCUCCGAACAGGUGUUACUUCUGGCUUGUGCUACCAGUGAGGUGGCAAAGUGAGAACUUGUAAGUGGGGUGGUGGUAGUGAGGGUGGCUGUGUGAUUAGAUCACAGAGAAAUGUGGCAAGCCCUCUGCAUGAAUAAAGUUGGGCUUUAUAAGGGUUCAGUAAGAGCUGGAUUUAUUUGACUUCAGUUUAUAGUGCUGCCUCUCUCCUAGAUUUGAAACUAAUGCAAUAAAAUGUACAGAUAUAUAGUGUUAAAAGGUCUCUUUCAUGCUAGGCUAGUCACGAGUCCUGUAAAAUUCAUUAGUUUAAUUUUUACCAGUCAAGUAGCAGCUGACUUUACAAAAGUAGAAGCCGCUUACUAGCAGCAGAGCUAGUUUUCCCACCAACUGCUUGUUGUUUGGAGGCUGUUUGUCCACUGUAUACGUGACACAUCCAUCAUUUACAGAUAUUUUUAA